GGAUAAUUAAAUCAUUAUCAAAGUACACUGCCAAGAACUGACAGCAUUUUCGAAGACGCUAAAUCCAGUGCGCCGCAAGACAUUUUUUAGCUCUCCAGCCUUGCAGAAUCCCACGGGUCGGCCGCAACCUGGGCGAUGGCACAGUAUUGGCUACAGCGUUCGCAAAUAGUUCGCCCUUAGCUUGAGGCAUCUGCCUGCCCAGCCGGUGCAGGGGUGGAUGGGCACUAAUCCGGCCUAGUUGGACGCAGGUGCGAGGUUGCGCCCGUCAUGGCAAGACGGAUGUUGCAAAUAUUAUGAAACCCCAUCGACCUCGGGAUAUCCUGAGCUUCUGUCUGGGAGAGGUUUAGAUAAAGGGCGACACCCGGGCGAGUGUUAUUCUCGGCACUGGAUAUUUCCAGAUGAAAGAGCCUCGAAAGUGUUUAAAAAGAGCCCGAACAACUUUCCAGAUUUCUGUUUUUCCGAAGAUGCAUCAUCCUUGAAAAUCCCCUCCAAGGGCUCUGCCAAAUUUAUAUUUAUAUACGUUCAACCAAAUUUCUCACCACAGCCGAAUUCAAAUCCAACAAUACUACCAAAAGCGCCAGUCAAUUACAAUCUCUGGGGCCCCUGCUAUGGACAAACAACCAGACCGCGAUUCUCACAGUAGUCGAUCAAGGAAUCAAGGAAGCAAGAAAAAAACAAGAGGAACAGCGACGAAGAAACGAGCAGCCAAUGUAAAACUCGCUCCCAGGCCGCAGCCGCCCUUCGAUGAAGAGGAAUCGCCAAUCAGAAUCGGGGUCUACUCCACCCAGCAGCAGCAGCAGCCUCAGUCGAACCGUCGUGAAUUGGAACGCCCCAACCUCGACGUCCUCAGAUCCCCAGCACCUUCCAACCCGCCAGAUAUCGCAGGCUGGGGAGGAAAUGCUAAGAAGCGGCCCGCUGCUGCCGUUGAAUGUGAAGACUCUCGAAUCUCAGCGGGUUAUUCAUAUGUCAAUGCCUCUGGUGAAAAUCAACCCGAGGGUGGCUCUCACCUCCAAGCUGGAAACAAUGAACAACAUCUGCCAACACACUAUGUUGUAGAUUUUACAAUAUCCGAUCCGGAUGCUCCAGCGACCCCGGGGGUGAUCUCCGCUCCUGUUCAAAGUGACCGUGCUCCUGACCCAGUAUCAAGCGUCCGUCCAUCGCUAUUUCCUGAAGAAUGGGAGCCAGAUCAAACUAUCUCAGACGAUGUGCAGGAAGUUUUGAGAUUUAAAUCUGCCUCAUAUGGGGUGGAGGAGGACCCCGAACCGCCAGAAACAUCCACCAUGCUUCGACAAUGUCAUGUUAAGAAGCUGUCAUACGAGACAUUGGUGGGGGAAGUUAAAGAUAUAUACAACGCUCUUUUGACAACUGAAAUAAGAUGCCUUGUAGAAUGUGCGAAAAUCGAACACAUUACCAAGUUGAAUGAAACACAGUGGGCCGAUCUGGUUGAAUGUCACAAAACCCUCCUUCAUCACCAUUAUAAUUUACUCAUAUGUACACAACAUCCAAUCAGCGGCAGAGAAAUUUCUGCAAUUCCUGUGACAUGCAAAAUGCCAUCUCGCCUGCUGCACCAGGGCAUCUACAUCUUUCUAGAAAUCAUGAAAGCUCGACGUCCGGACAGUCAUGAUUAUAUGACUCCCUUCAUCUACGAUGCGUACGGCCUAAUAGCGCUGCUUAUAGAAACGGCCCCCAGAUUCAAAAAUGUGUGGCUUGAAUGUCUUGGUGACCUGGCCAGCUAUAUGAUGUGCCUUGAGGAGAGGGAUUCAAUUGAGAACAGGGCCUGGAAAGUAGUUUCAUCGCAAUGGUAUCACAAGGCCCUCGACGAGAACCCGGGGAAAGGAAGUCUUUACCACCGACUUGGUAAUCUUUCAACACCCAACAUGGGUCGGCAAUUGUUCUUUUACUCCAAGUCUCUUGUGGCAACCGAACCAUACACAAUGUCAAAGAACCGUGUUGAGUCUGCCUUUAAGAUGGCUUUGGACUCAAUUCAGAAUCGGGGUGUCACGACCCCAGACUUAUCAUCCUGGUUUGUGGGUUCGCAUGCAAUGCUUAUUCGCAGUGGUUCAAUUCACAGCUUCAUUGUGUAUGUGAAGGAGUAUAUUGUCAUUUUUGCUGCCCAAGUUAAGCAACAGACUUUCAAAUUCCGGGAAGCAGCAAUCUGCAUGGGAGUCCCCAACAUCGCUGCAAUGUUACAAUAUGGUGAGCAGGAUGGCAUUCUUACAAGGAUGUUUAUAGACUCUCAAAAGCUGAGCUCGGAGGUUAGGUUACAGAACGCUAUACAGUACUGGCUCAUGCUUCCUAAAAACCCUACUCAAAACACUCUGGACAAAGACUUUCCUUCUGAUGCUGCAACUUUCUCUACUCCUUUGAAAAAACUUACUUACAGCACAUAUUUAAAUUUUCAUACACUCUCUUUUGUUCUUAAAUAUACCCGAAACGAAAAUAUUAUUCCAUAUGUCCACCUCUCUCUUGCAUUUAUUUGGAGCCUGGCAUUAGUUCCGGAUUCCAUGAUGUAUGUGGAGGGAGAAAUUCCCUGGACAAAGAUCACUAUCUUUCUAAAUAUGUUGAACCGGGCAUUUAUCAGCGAAUCCAGGCUUGAAAAUGUCAACUUCCCAAUCCCGACUGAAACAAAAUUCCGACAAUUACCAGAGGAUUUCUUCUUUCGAAGCCAAAUAUGGUCGCAAACACUAUAUCCAUCUGAUUUCUUCGCGGGUGCUACCAUCGACGACGACAGCCGUGGAAGAGACGUGCCCAGCACCAAAUCGGCCCGCAACGAGCGCUGUCUAUGGUAUGGAUAUCGUCUAGCAUCGUGCGGCCGUUGGAUUCAGUUAUUCGAGGAAAACGGCGUGAAGAAAUUUAGACCUACAGAUUAUGCCAACCAACUCGAAGAGACAGCUAUGCAUCCUAAAGUGUUUAGUCGGCCUCAAAGGGCUGUCGCUACUUCCCUGCCUAGCUCUCUACCUAGCUCCCCGCCUAGCAAAUCUAGGUUGACCCAGCCGCCUAGGAAAGGGAGAGGCCGUUGAUACGCAAAAGGUCAUCGUCGCGCCUUUCCAAGCUUGGUCAGACAUCGCAGAACCCCUAAAUGCACGAUUAAGGGAAGGAAGGUCGUAAGAGAGGGAUUUCAAAGCGGAAUUAAGCCGGAGAAAUUACCCUUUAUCUAGGACGUAUGAGUGAACCCCACUCUGUGUCCCCAGGGUUUAAUGUCAACUACGGAUUUGCAGGUGGCGCUCGGAAAUUCUAGCUGCUGUUGGGGGGGGGGGGGGGCAGGGGGGUCUCCAGCUUCGUACGCCGGGGCAUAUUUCUUAUAUCUGUUUCACACGCAAAGCCGCAUCCUAUACGGACCGUUGCGCUUAAUAUUUACAUUUAGCACAUGUAUGGCCGGCUUCAGCAUCUAAUUAAUAAGGCGGGCGGUUAUUUUCCCAUGAUGUCCGAUGGUCAUGGAGAUUCACACUUUCGGUUCCUGUAUUCGUUUUAAUAUAUGAAUAGUUUCAAACAGGACAUAAGUUAACAAAUACAAUUUGAUAAUUUUAACUUCGUUCAAGGUAAAUUACCUACUGCCAACACUCAAUUUGUGCUACAGUUGGUAACUCAUCCCCGUUGUUCGUUAUCAUUCUCAGCAACACGGACAAAAUAUGCUCUACGAGGUUACAACGCUUUUAGGGAAAGUUCUCUUUUGGCUUCUCAGUUCAGUGCCAAAACUUUUUUCCGUGGUAGAUGUACCAAUUGGGGGAUCAAAUCGGAUGUAAAGGAGAUAUAUCUCGCACAGACAGACACAAAAAGACAAAGUACAUCAUAGAAAAAUUCUUCUCAUUGCCAAAAUCUCCCAUGGAUAUUCCCACAAUCACUCACGGUUUAUGUUAAAUACUUGACCCCCCUGACACGCCAUUCCAAUUGUUUGCCGUAAAAUGCAGCACGAAUAAACUUGAUCACGCGCCCUAAUUCCGGACAGAGAAGUGUGCUGAACACGAAUAGUAACGCCGUCAUCUCAACGCCUCUCCACACCUACAAUCUAUCCCUUAUCCUAUCAUCGAGAGGCAAAGCCACUGCAAGGUCAGGCCUAUUCAUCUAGUCAAUAUGGCAAACCUAUUGGCGCAUGGCGGUGAUCAAAUCCGGUCAAAGAAAAUGUCUUUCUGGCCCAGACGGACGGGUGCGGGAGGGUGCAGGAAGAUUCAUCAGACGUAUCAUUUGCACCACUUGGGCCGGGCUGCAAUCAUUUAUUUCAGUUUAAUACUUUCCUUCUCGAGAAGUUAGUGGUUAACACCGCCCAAAAAGGGGAUACGGUGGACUUUUGCUUUUUGAUCUCGUUUGGCGUCUUAAAGUCGCAUGCGUUAACUACAAAGGGCAGAGUUCAGGCACCUUGAUGUGUCGGUCCUACCCGGCGAGGGCUCUGCGCUAUGAAUGCAGGGAUUACUGGGGUGCCUCUCAUCUGCGUUAGUGGGUCUCAAUCAUUGGCUAGAUUUGUCGUUUGUUAUUCACUUGGUCUGGAGGUUAUGUCGUGCUCUCGGCCCAGCGAGGUUGAAAGACAGGCGGAUGCGUGGUGGGUGGUGAUGCGGAACAAAGGCUGAAGUGAGCAUUGGCAACUCAUUCUGCAUGAGGCUUUAUUCAAAUGGAUUCAAUGGUUAAAUCAAUAAUAUUGGCAGGCAGUCUGACAACCAUUGACGUUAAUAUGUAGACAGAAACAGCUCAGGGGCUGCAUUCCGUGGAAGCUGGAUCCCGUGAUGCAGUUGCAAAUCAAGUUUCCGCGCCCGGGUUUAGUGAGCAUUCGCAUAGGACGGGCCUCAAGCAAAACACAGUUAAAAGCCAAAACAACCCGGAGCCGGCAACCACAAUCCAAGUCGCAUAAACCUGUAGUGUGGUCGGCAUAGGCAUCAACUUUCCGCUGUAGAGCUUUUGAGCCAGCCUCACUGCAGGAGCUCGGGGCAUGGAUCUGCUCUAGUCAGUUAAAUCCGCGUCAUGUACGAGUCAUAAAACACCCCGUU